AUGACCUCAUUAUCCGCCAGUGAACAAGAAAAAAGUUUAUUUGCACAGAAUGAACAACCACCGGCAAAUCUUCAACAAUCUGAAAGUCUUGACGGCAUGAAGCGAAUUCAUUCAUUUUCAUCAUCGCUAACUUCAGCAACGUUGCCAAAUCAACAACGACAGCCUUAUCGAUCUUUAUCGUCGCAUGAUUUGAUUUCAUCAUCGCCUUUAUCGUCUGUUCAUACACGAAAUAAUAAUAAUAAUUCAAAUGAUAAUGAUUUAUUCGUAAAUCCAUUUGAUAGACGUCUUACUGAUCAUUUUCUUCUCUGGGAAAAAGAGUAUGAUAAACGAGUUCAGCAAAUGAAUGAAAUCAAAUGUACUGAAUUAAAUAAAUUAAAACUUUAUUAUGAAACAAAAUUACGUGAAUGCGAAGAUAAUAAUAGACAAUUAGAAGUUCAUUCAGGUCAGAUAAAUCACGAAAAUAGACGUUUAAAAAUCGAAAUUGAACAUGAAAAGCAACAAAACAAAAUCGAACAAACAGCAUUAGAACAACAUUUAAAAGAGUUCAAAGGCCAUCUAGAGAGGAAAAUUCAUGAAAUAAAAAUUGUUCACGAACAUGAUAAACAAGAAAUUAAACAACAUCAUUCACGGAUAUAUCAAGAUCUAUUAGAUGAAACAAAUCAACGUUUAAAACAAAUGGAAAGUAACUAUAAAUAUCAACAAUCAACCAAUGAGACAGUUGUUGAAGAAAUGGAAAAACGACUGGCAGAUUUUCAUUCCAACGUUCAACAACUUCAACAAGUGAAACAAAAACUCGAAGAAGAUAAAAUCCAAUUAACUAAAAAAAAUGAACAACUACAAUUACAGGUUCAAGAAUUAACAAAUAGGCAACGUCAUAUUGAUCGUAACAAUGCUGAUCAAAUUCAACGCUAUGACAAUGAAAUAAAAUCUACUAAUCUUCGUUGUGAAUCAACAGUUGAUUUAUUACGUAAAGAAAAUGAGAUAUUAAAAAGUAAAUCAAGCAAAGCAAUAGAUGAUCUAGAAACACAACUAUUAAAAAUAACAGAACAAUUUCAUGAAAUAGAAAAAUCAUUCGAACUAAAAACAAAUGAACAACAACUAAACUAUCAUAACAAUAUAAAACAAUGCGAAAAUGAUUAUGAAAAAAUUAUUCUAGCAUUAAAACAAGAAUUAAAAGAACAAAAUAAAAAAUACAUUUUAUCAAUUCAUCAUAAUGAACAAAUACAAAGUGAAUUAAGACAACUAAAACAUAAGAUUACAAUUGAUUUAGAAAAUCAAAUCCAAGAAAUGAAUGAUCGAACACGUGAAACAGAACAAAUGUUGAUGAACAAACUAAAAUUUGAAUAUGAACAAGCUAAUCAACGAGAUCAAGAAAAACUACGUGAAAAGUUCAAUAAAGAAAUCCAAGAUAUAAAACGUAAAUAUGAGCAAAUAGUCGAAAAAAACGAAGAAACAAUGAAGAAUGAUUUUAAAAUAAUUGAUCAAGCAUCUGUUGACACGAAACGAACACAUGAAAUUGAAAAACAACAGCUUGUCAAUCAUUAUGAACAAUAUAUACGAAAACUUGAAACUAAGUGUGAAAACAUAAGUGAUGAAUACGAAAAACGUAUUGAACAAGUAAUUUCUAAAACGCAUGAACAAGUGAAAUCAAUGGAAGAUGAAUACGAAGCACGUUUUGCUAAUCAACAAGCGGUUAUUAAUGAUCAACAAAAAAUAAUUCAAGCAUUUAAAGAUGAGGAAAAUCGAGCUAAAACAGUUUUUGAAAAGCAAUGUAAAAUUCUCAGUGACCAAUCAUUACGUGAAAAAAACGAAAUUAAAGCACAAUUUGAUCUAUGUAUGAAAAAUUUGGAGAAGAAUUUCAGUACAUUAGCGUCAAAAAAAGAACAAUUGGAACGUAAAUUAUCAAUUUUAAAAGAGCAUCAUAAAAACGAAAUGCUGGAAUUGCGUUUAACAUAUGAAAAAAAUAUUAAAGGUCUACUAACAAAUGAUGUUCGUCUGGAUUUAGAAAAUACAAUAUUUUCAUUGAAACAACAAGUCGUUUAUUUACAACAACGUAUUGCUUUUCUUCAAAAAGAACUCGAACAAUUGACUAUUCCAACGAUGGAGGUUUUUGAAUCGUUCUAUCGGAACCCAAUCCUUCGUGAAUAUCUCAAUCCAAAACAAUUACAAGUAACACCAUGGGUGCUCGAUCCAAUCGGUAUAAAUCAUCCAUUUGUGUUUGAUUUUGAAAAGAAAUUUUUCGAUAAAACCUAUGCCCAUAAUAUCUAUAAUUGGAUGAACAAAUGGUGGUGGUUAAGUAUCGUCUAUUCAAUAAUAUAUGUCGGCUUUAUUUAUUAUGGUCGUUCAUUGAUGGAAAAACGUGAACGUUUUGAAUUACGGUUGCCAUUAAUAUUGUGGAAUGUUGCAUUGGCUUUAUUUAGUAUAUUUGGCAUGAUACGUUGUGUACCUGAAAUGAUUUAUGGCAUAGAUAAACGGGGCUUGCAAUACACUAUUUGUGAUAAUAGUAAUAUUUACGGUGUCACUGGAUUUUGGAUUACAAUAUUUUGCAUAUCAAAAGUUCCUGAACUUAUUGAUACAUUAUUCAUUGUAUUACGGAAACAGAAAUUAAUUUUUCUUCAUUGGUUUCAUCAUGCUACUGUCUUAAUUUAUGCUUGGUAUAGUUAUCACGAUUGGACAGCUAGUGGACGUUGGUUUGUGUUUCUGAAUUACAGUGUUCACGCAUUGAUGUAUAGCUAUUAUGCAUUUCGAGCUAUGAAAUUUCAGAUACCAAAAUGGAUUAGUGUAACAGUUACUACGUUUCAAUUAUCGCAAAUGGUUGUUGGCUGCUUUGUUAAUUAUAAAGCAUACAUCUAUAAACAAAAUGGUGCAGCAUGUGAUGUUGCUUAUGCUAAUAUAUUUUGGUCGUUUGUUAUGUAUGCGGUUUAUUUUGGUUUAUUUCUUCAUUUCUUUUUUGUAUCUUAUUUAUCGAAAAAGCCAACAGCCAAAAUGAGACCUGAGAACAGGAUUGGAAAGCGCGAACAUUUGUAUGUCCCGUCACGUACGCAUUCAUUACGGACAGUUGAACCUACCAUAAGUCCUUAUGCUUCAUCGAUGAAUCCAUCAUAUCAUAGACAAUGGAACUCAUCAUUUACAAACGUGAGCAAAGGGAUGGCAAAAGACACUGUGAAGCCUAAAAGAUGUUCAUUGUUUGUGUUUGUAUGCCCAAUCGUGAGUGCAUUGUUGGCCGCAGCUUUAACGACUGGCAUAUAUGGAACGAUUGCUUUAGUCACCAAAAAAUCAGUAAACACAACUGUACUUAUAGGUAUCCUAGGUUUAAUUUAA